AUGUCCCUGACCAAGAUGGACACGGACUGGUGGCUCGAGCUGGAGAACACGUACAAGCAGCGCAUCGCCCAGCGGCAGCAGCUCUACCGCGAGCACGGCGCCAGCGUGCUCCAGGCGCUCCCGGGCUCGGAGCUCGCGUGCAAGGAGCUCAUGGAGAUGGCCGUGCAGUUCCUCUGCGCGCGGUACCCGCGCUGCUUCUCCUUAUCCGCCGACGGGGCGGCCCUGCACAACGCCAUCCUCGGCACCACCACCGUGUUCGCGGCGACGGACCCGCUGGUCGUCCUGCUGGACAACAUCCCCGAGGACUUUGCCGUCACGCUGCGCGACCCGGAGACCGGGUACUACCACUUCCGCGCGGGCGUCAUCUGCUCGUCGCUCGGGUGGAAUGUGUCGACCAAGAUUGGCUUGCGGCUGGAUGAGAUCCACAAGAUUGUGCCGGACUACAAGGAGAAGAUGGCUUUUAGUAUGGACCGCUUCUUCUCCAAGAUGCCCCCCUCGAAACCAAUCCAGCGAGGCUCCUGGGGCCUCGAGGUCGGCCAGCCCCUCUACCUCCCGCCGGGCCACCCGCACCUACACCUGCGCACCUUCCAGUCCCCCGAGCUCGAACCCUCAGACGUCCACCUGCGCGUCGACUGGCAGACACUGCGCCGCCUGCCCCUCUCGGGCGCCAUCGUGUUCAACUUCAAGGCCUUAUUCACCCCGCUCGCCGAGCUCCGCGACGAAGCCGGCGUCCCGGGGCUCGUGGCCCACGUGCUUAAGCACGGCAAGAGGGAGAUUAUGCGCUACAAGGACACCUGGCACGUCGAGCACGUGGUGGUGCCGCUCCUCGAGGCGUGGGAGAGAGAGCAGUGGGAGACGGGCGUGUUCGGGAGCGGCGAGGGCGAGGGUGGUGUCGUCUCGUUUCAGGGUGUGGAUGGGGGCAGUAAGGAGGAUAGCAGUGGCGCUGGUGAGAAAAAAACGGGGUGCAAGAUGCAGAAGGAACAGGGCUGGGAGCCCAAGACGCUUGAUCAGAGCCCGUGGUUCAGGGGGUGGGAGGAAAAGUGGCAUCGGCAGCAAGGGUUUUGAAUUUCGCAUUGAAUUGAAUCAGGGAGAUCAGGGAUCGAGAUGAUGGCCAUGACUUCUCGAGGUCUUUACGGUAAGGUCAACGUGACGGAAGGGGCAAUUUCCAAUAUACACAGCGUGAGAU